AAUGGCGUCAAACAGCAAGCGUAUGGUGUAUGUCGGUGGACUGUCAGAAGAAGUAGAUGAGAAAAUUCUGCAUGCUGCAUUUAUUCCAUUUGGUGAUGUGACAGACAUAAAUGUCCCACUGGAUUAUGAGACAGAGAAACACAGAGGAUUUGCAUUUAUAGAGUUUGAACUAGCAGAGGAUGCUGCAGCUGCAAUAGAUAACCUGAAUGAUUCCGAGUUGUUUGGUAAAACAAUCAGAUGCAAUCUUGCAAAACCUAUGAAAGUGAAGGAAGGUCAUGCUAAAGCAGUGUGGUCUGAAGAUACAUGGUUACAAGAGCAUGCUGGGGAGACAGUAACUAGUGAAGACAAGGAAAACACCUCACAAUCCCCAACAAAACGACAGGCACAAACAGAUACUGAUGAUGAGCCAGCAGGUAAAAGAUCUCGGACAAGUUCACAAGUGUUCUUUGAUAUAAAAAUAGGAAACAAACAAUCAGGAAGAAUUGUUAUACAGUUGAGACCAGAUGUU